AUGCCGCCUCUCUUUGAUACAAAGCUGACGCCAGAUCUCUACGAGGUCAUUCUAUCAUACAAAAAAGCCACCACGGUGGUUGAGAGAUGGCUAGCUGUCACUUCCGAUAGAACCGAUAUCAAGGCCAGAUUGAUAAUACCUGAUAUGCAACAAGCAGCAAGUUCCAUCAAGGAUACGCGUAUCAAGGUCCCCGAUCUGAUCUACUAUGCCUUCGACAAGGCUAUCGCGGCUCGCUCUGAGGUGACGAGUCACUUCAAAGGUUUCUUUGGCACAAGGACCGCUAAGGCCAACAACUUGUCCCAUGAAAGUUUCACCAAAUCGUGA